GGAACUGGGUGCAGCAAAAUCACGACCGCUUGGCCCAGAAAGCAGGUGAGAAGAUGCAAGCAGAGUCAAAGUGACAUGUUGCUUAGUGCGACUUGCGCGGCGUGCGUCUUCAGCAGUGUGUAGAAGUUUCAUCCGUCAAAUGGGAGAAACCUGUGUGUUCAAGAGUUCUGCUGGUUUGCACCCUUUUCCGCAGGCUUUCCUCAAGCAAAGCUGAAUGAAAUCCAUGGCGCUUGGGGAGACACCAAGAACAUGGUGAAGAUGAUGGACGAUACCUUGCGAUCGGACCUCUUGGAGUGGUUGGUGGCUUGGUCUGCACGCGCCAGCCUUUGUGUGACCUUGGGCACCUCCCUUUGCGGCAUGACCAGCGACGAGAUCCCCCGCGCGGCCGCGGAGCGUUUUGCCGUGGGGCAAGGUGAUGGUCUGGUGAUCAUUGGUUUGCAGAGGACCUUCUACGACGAGGCCACAAGCUUGCACAUUUGGGGCCUGUGCGACGACGUGAUGAAGCUCUUGGCCAAGGAGCUCCGACUGAAGAUCCCUGAGACCAAGGCCUUGCGCCGUGGGGAGGAAUGGGUGAGGAAUCAUCCCAGGCUCACCUACAACACGCCCGUCCGAAGCGCCAAAGAUCCCAUGUGAAGCCCAGCUCGGGCUGAAAUGAUGACGAGCUGGUAAAGACGAGGAUUUGGCCGAGAGGGCAGGAGUUAGAUGGUGUUAGAGGCAUGUUGAAUCCGUUUCAAGCAUUUACACUGCAAAUCUGUACAGAAGUGGCAGUGUUGGUACUGUGUCCUUGCAGCUUUGUGCUGCCACUAUGAUGCGCAGAGUAGCAUCAAAAUGAGCUGAUGCGUUGGCCACGCCGCCAUGUGCCAUGGACAAGGCUCACGUGUAGCCAAAA